AGCAGUCCGUGCAGGUCUUGGAGGACACAGAGGUGCAGCAGGCUGAAGAGCAGCCAUUCGGAUGGGCAACGUACCCACUACAGUGAAGCACUGCCUGAGCUAUGAGCAACUCAUCCAGGACUACCCAUGGCUGAAACGCUGGCUGCUGGAGGAGAAGACCCUUACUGGACAUGAGUAUCCAGAGUUUGUUAAAAUAGUUGAAGUUGGACCGAGAGAUGGACUUCAAAAUGAGAAGGAAAUUGUUCCGACAGGGGUGAAAAUCCAGCUGAUAGACAUGCUUUCAGGAACAGGCCUGCCUGUGAUCGAGGCCACCAGCUUUGUCUCUUCAAAGUGGGUACCGCAGAUGGCAGACCACACUGAUGUCCUCAGAGGAAUCCAGAGAGAACCUCAUGUCCGGUACCCUGUUUUGACACCUAACAUGCAAGGCUUUCAGGAUGCUGUUGCAGCUGGUGCUACUGAAGUGGCGGUGUUUGGGUCAGCGUCUGAAACCUUCAGUAAAAAAAAUAUUAACUGCUCUAUUGAUGAAAGCAUGCUACGGUUUGAGGAAGUCAUUAAAGCAGCCAAAGAGCGACAAAUUCCAGUCCGUGGAUAUGUUUCGUGUGCCCUUGGAUGCCCCCUUGAGGGACACAUUGAACCUUCCAAAGUCUCCCAGGUGGCAAAGAGGUUGUAUGAAAUGGGCUGCUACGAGAUUUCCUUGGGGGAUACCAUCGGCGUUGGUACACCAGGUUCCAUGUUUAAGAUGCUGCAGAGUGUGAUGAACGAGGUGCCGACCAACGCUCUGGCAGUUCACUGCCAUGACACGUAUGGACAAGCACUGCCCAACAUCCUGACUGCACUUCAGAUGGGGGUCUGUGUGGUGGAUUCUGCAGUCGCUGGCCUGGGAGGUUGCCCAUACGCUCAGGGUUCAUCGGGCAAUGUUUCAACAGAGGAUGUACUCUACAUGCUCCAUGGCAUGGGCAUUGAAACUGGUGUGAACCUUACCAAAGUUAUAGAGGCUGGAGACUUCAUCUGCAAUGCUUUACGUCGCGAUACCAACUCCAGGGUUGCCCGGGCAAGAACACUUUGAUGUGUUUCCUUAAAGGAAUAUAUUUAGAUAUUUGACCCCCGUUCAAGUGCUUCCCUUGUUGUUGCUGCAUUCAGAUGUUGCCUAUGCUUUUGUAGUUGAAGUACAUUGAUCCUCGUAUUAAACUGUCAGAGGCGUGCGUCCCAUCCAAAUAAUCUCAAGAAAGAUCCGAACAACAUUGUGUUUUGUGUUCCCAAAUCAGACUUUUUGAGUUCAGUUCCCUUCCUUUCUAUUCAUUUCCACAUUGUUUGUUUAUUACGAAUUACUCGAGGGACCAUUAUGAUCAACUGAAACGUCCAGUUUUUUUGUGUGAUGGCCUUAUAAAGUAAUGUCACAAUAUGAAUUUAGUCUAUUUUGACAACUCGCUGAACUCAGUUAAUAAACAGAGAAGACAAACAGCAAAAAGAAAAAUGUCCUUCCUGCUUUUGAAAAAUGCAUAUCUCUUUAUGCACUUUCCUACCGGAAUCAGAUCCCGUAUGAAUAGCAACAAAAAAACACUCAGGUUUGCCAAAGAUCAUUUAAAAAGCUUUUACCAUGACACAAGCUACUCUCCAGGUAGAUCCUUUGUGUGAGUGUCUGUUAAAAUCCUAUGUGCUUUAUGUAAAACAUGAUCAAAUAUGAACAUUAAAAUGGAAUGUGACACUAAAAGAUUAAUGAAAUGUAAUCUAAAGCAUGAUGGGAAAUAAUAAAUGGGGUAUGUUGUAUUGU